CCGACGGAUCCUUGCAACCUUUUCAUUAAGAACCUGGAUGAUUGUGUCAUCAGCACCUCGGAGGAGCUGAAGAAUCUCUUUGAGUCUUUCGGGCAGGUUGCUUCCGCUCAUCUUGCUACCUAUCCCGAAUCGAAAAUUUCCAGAGGAUAUGGCUUUGUCGCUUUCGCCAAAGCUGAGGAUGCCGCGAAGGCGAAGGAUAAGAUCAACAAUAUCUUGGUUGGAAAGAAGAGGGUGUUCGUUAGCUAUGCGGAAAGGAAGGAGGACCGUGCUAAGAGACUGAAGUCUAUCUUCCAAGGCAAAAACCCCGACGAGGAAGAGGAUGACGAAGUCAAGAAGGAGACGGAUGAAGCCGGUGAGGCCGAUGAGGCCGUAGCUACGACGGACGAAGAAGGAAACAAUGGCAAGAACAUGAUGAAGGAGGAACCAAUAGACGCUUCGAUCGUCAUCGAGGUUUCUACUACGGCCGAUGUGGAGGAGUCUCUUAAGGCUAAGGAGGAGGAGGAGCUCCCUGUUGCGUCGAAGAAGGUUGCGACUGAAUCUGGAUCCAAGAGGGGAGGAGUUUCGCGUAACAAGGCUCAGGUUGGCGGGCAGAAGGGAACCACUACGAAGGGAUUCAAGAGCACUCCCUUGGAUAAGAUUACCGAGGUUGAGGAAGAGAAGGUUGUCCCAACCGAAAAGUCCGUUGGAGAUUCCGAUGCCACUUCCGGAGUCGUCCCAGAGGUUGCCGUUACCCCAUCGUUGGAUGCUUUAGCCAAGGUCCCUGCUCCAUUAGGUAGGACCAACAAGGCCGAUGCGGAGGGUACUGGCUCCAAGGCUAGCACCGGCGGCGGCAACAACAAGCGCAGUACUCGUCGUAGCGCGGGAACUCAGAAGAUCACCAGCAGUCAGGUUCAGACCGCGGUACCGAGUCUCAAGCAGAUCAGCAGCCUUGGACGUUCGUCUUCGAGGAUCCCCGUGCAGAACAUGGGAGGUCCUCUACAGAACAUCCCGCCUACUGGACCCCGUUUGAACAACGAUGUCACGACUCAGAACCAGGGUAACCCGACUGCUACUACCAUCGCUGCUGCCGCCGGUGGACCCAAUCACUAUCCCAAGAGGCGUGGCGGAUACAAGGGCAACAACCCUCGUAAUGGACGCAGCCUGGUGGACAAGAGCGGAGCUGACGGAGCCACUGGCCAGAAGGAAGGCGAGCAGAAGGGAACUGGAGGUGUCAAGAAGACCGUCACUGGACAGGUCGGCACCGCUCCUGUUGCUGCCCACUAGGCUGGGCUUUCGAUGCAUGAUGGAA